AUGUCGAUUCCUGGUAGUAAUUUAGACUUUACCCGCUUCUUCCAUGCAGCCAUUGCACAUUUGGCUUGCCGGCCUGACUGCAGCAGCCAGACGUGGCAGUUUCAGCAGGAUCCAGCAGUACAAGCAACCUGGGCAGAACUCAUGCUGCCAAAGUCCAAGAUGGACGAGGCCAGGAGGGACCUGGGCCGUGUGCGCUUGAGAUCAAAGCACUUGCUGCGAGUUCCGAAAGAUCAUAUCUGUCGGCGGAAGUUGGUAUUGGCCUGUUGUCUGGGUAUGGCGGCGGUGUUUCAAACUCUUUUGUGCUUAGCACCCAAGAUUCAGAGCCACACGGGCCGGUUUGUCUAUUGUUGCACCAUGAUGGUCAUGUAUACCAUGGCCCGUGGCAACGACUAUGGGCAACUGAAAGGGAUUGCGAUGAGAACACUGGAACGCUUCAACCGUCCUGCCGCCUUCGGAAAUCUUCGUCUUUGGGGAGCAGUCUCAUGGGGAAUUGCCCAUCCAACCUUGGGAUAUCUUUUGGAUGUGGAGCAUGGCCACCUCGAACUUUUGUUCAUUGGAAAUGCCGUGGCCGCAUCGCUUGCAGUAGCCUCCUUCAGCUUGCUUCUGCGCUCUAAGUGGACAGACGAAGGAGGUGCAGCGUUAGGUUUUGAGGGUGAUUCGGCUGCCAACUCCAGUCAGACGGAAUCGGCGCAAGCGCCUCGAGCUUCAGUGCUGGAAGUUAUGAAAAUUGUUUGUUCACGACCAGACAUGAUUACUUGGCUGUUGUGUGCUGCCACCCAAGCCAUGGGUAUGCAACACGUCUCUCAGUUUUUGUUCUUGUACAUGGAAGAGCGCUUUCAUUCUUCAGAUAUUUUGAUGGGUUUCAGCGUGACCAUUACGGUCUUGUUUGAGAUUCCAAUCUUCGCCUUUAGUGAAAAGCUCCUUCCACGGCUCGGGCCGACCAUACUAAUUGCUAUAGCAAUGGGCAGCUUUGUGGUUCGAGUCUUGGGCUACACAAUUGUACCAAGUGCCGGGUGGAUGCUUUUUCUGGAACCUUUGCAUGGUGUGACAUACAGCUGCUUUACACUGGCCACAGUGCACUACUUGAAUGAACAUGUGCCAAUGCAUAUGAUCUCAACAGCUCAAGGCUUUAUGUCAUCAGUUGCUGCAGCUGGUUCAGCCCUAGGCGCUGUGCUUGGAGGUUGGAUCAUGGACAUGGAGAAUGGUGGUGUACUCCUCUUCCGAGCUGAUAGUGUGAUCAUGGCCCAGAAUUGCCGCGACAACCUCUUUUCGGAGGAGAAGCUUUGCAAGGAGACGUACUGGAGUGGAAGGACCUUGCUGAUGGAAUUCAAACCUUGGCACCUGGGCAGCGAGUCGCCUUCCAGGUUCCCAAGCGACGACGCCAACUUGUCAAGACUUGUCGGCGAAGAGAGGAAAGAAAGGAAGGCCUACACUGACGACAGCGGAAUAGGAUGGGAUUCUUUGCGUAGCGGCUAA